UGAAGUUAUUCGAGUUGUCUGAAAUCUGAAAAGAAUCAGAUGGUGCCUUGAGGCUGCGCGUGUAACUAGAAAUCAAGGCUGCGGAAACCUCUCACGACUCACGAGCGCUCUCUCUCGAAACCUCACUUGCUACAGUAAAUCCCCUCUCUCGACCCCUCUUCCUCCUCGAUUCCGGCGGCCUCGUCGCCGGCGGCGGGAGGGAGAGGGGUCGUCCCCCCUCCCCUAGUAUAGCUAAGUAGCCGGGCUAGUCUCGUUAGGUCGGGUUCUUCCCGUUUCCUCCUCGUUGGUGUGGUAUGGAAGUUGGAGAUGGAGGCGGAUUCGACGCGGAUGCAGCUCGUGACGGCGAUGGCGACGCAGAAUCGAUCCGAGACGACGGCAGCGACGCGGAUCUGGCCUGCGGUGGUGGCGGCGGCUCGGAUGCGACCUGCGGCGGCGACAGGGGCUCGGAUGCAGUCUGUGGCGGCGGCGGCGACUCGGUUUCGGUCAGCUGCGGCGGCGGCCUCACGGAUGCGGCUCGCGGCGGCGGCGGCCACGCGGAUGCGGCCCGCGGCGGCGGCGGCCAUGCCGUUGCUGCCCUCGGCGGCGACGGCAGCGCGGAUGUGGCCCCCGGCGGCGAAAGCUGCGCCGAUGCACCCCGCGGCGGCGACGGCUGCGCCGUUGCAGUCCGCGACGGCGUCGGUGGUGCGGAUGUGUCCUGCAAUGGCGGCGUGGAUGCGACUCGGAUGAUCUCCUUUUCUUCAACCUUCUCCAUCGAGUUACCAAGACAGCAUGUUCUUCGCCACCAUCUUUGGAUUAAGUCUUUGGUUGGCUGGAUUUGGGGAAAUUCUUCCUCUUUAUCUCUUGGCAGCAAUAACCAUGCAGGAUUUAUCGUUCGGGUUGAGCCCAGAUUGGAUUUGCAACUUUGGUUUGCAGGUUUGCAGUCCAAGCUUGUCAGAUUCAAUGAUGAACCCCGUGGAAAUCUUUUGUGGAGUCCGGUGAUGUUCACACCAAAAUCUACGGCUUCGCACCAAACCUCUCAUAUGUGUCGUUUCCGUGGAGGCAGCCGAAGGGGUUUACCAGUUCGUCAAGCGGAGUACAUAUCAAUAGAGGCCCUUGGAUGCAAUUGUCGCGGCCCUGCCACAGUACCCUAUCGAUUUGCUCCUUCAUUGCUGCUUAGUUUCAUUAUAAAGUUUGCUUCUUUUUUUCAGUUGACCUCUCUCUUGUUAAAUAUGGUCCAACUCUUAUGUUUAUCCUGGGCGAUGUAUUGGGGAAUUCAAUUCCCCUAAACGCUGUGGUUUAACAAAGUGUGUUGUGUUUUAAAAAAAAAUCAAGACUGCGCAUGUCGAACUCAA